AUGGCAAACUACCAUAAACCGGAAUCGAAAACCAUUCAAGAAUUAAAAGACAUCGCAACAAAGUUGAGAAUUCAUUCAAUCAAUGCCACACAAGCCAGCAAAUCCGGACAUCCAACAUCAUGUUCGUCCAUGGCAGAAAUUAUGUCUGUUUUAUUUUUCCACACGAUGCGUUACAAGGUAUCGGCGCCACGUGAUCCAAGCAGCGACAGAUUUGUCCUGAGCAAAGGUCAUGCGGCUCCUAUCCUUUAUGCGGCAUGGGCUGAAGCAGGUCUUUUCUCACCAAAUGAAUUAUUAAAUUUGAGAAAGCUUGACAGCGAUUUAGAAGGACACCCGACUCCAAGACUGAACUUUGUUGAUGUUGGAACUGGUUCCUUAGGUCAGGGUUUGUCAGUUGCUGCAGGAAUGGCCUAUGUAGGAAAAAAUUUUGACAAAGCUAAUUACCGAGUGUACUGCCUUAUCGGUGAUGGAGAAGCAGCUGAAGGUUCAAUAUGGGAAGCACUGCACUUUUCAUCUUACUAUAAGUUAGAUAAUCUUUGUGCAAUUUUCGAUAUAAACCGUUUAGGUCAAAGUGAACCAACAUCUCUUCAGCAUAAUAUGGAAGUAUACCGCAAAAGAUUGGAAGCUUUCGGUUUUAAUGCGCUAGUUGUUGAUGGUCAUGAUGUUGAAGAAUUAGCCAAAGCCUUCCAUGAAGCACAGAACACAAAAGGACGUCCUACUGCUAUUCUAGCAAAAACAUUCAAAGGAAAGUAUUUCCCGAAUAUUGAAGAUUUAGAAAACUGGCAUGGAAAACCCCUUGGCAAUAAAGCAAAUGAAGUGAUUCAACACUUAACUGGAAUGUUGAAAAAUUCUGGUCCUCUAGGAUUGCAUCCACAAAAACCAUUGGUUGAUGAUGCUCCAGUAGUAGAUAUUAAAAAUAUCAAAUUAGCGACCCCACCAAGUUAUAAAUUAGGAGAACAAGUAGCUACUAGAGUGGCUUAUGGUACUGCUUUAGCCAAGCUGGCCAAAAGUAAUCCUCGCGUAGUUGCUUUGGACGGUGACACGAAAAAUUCUACGUACGCCGAAAAAAUUAAGGUCGUUGAUCCAGCUAGAUUUAUCGAGGGUUUUAUUGCUGAACAAAACGUUGUAGGAGUUGCAAUUGGUGCAGCAUGCAGAGACCGAACUGUUGCGUUUGUAUCGGCAUUUGCGACCUUCUUUACUCGUGCCUUUGACCAGAUUCGUAUGGGUGCUAUUUCGCAAACGAAUGUUAAUUUCGUUGGAUCUCAUUGCGGUGUUUCCAUUGGAGAAGACGGUCCAUCGCAGAUGGGUCUGGAGGAUGUAGCCAUGUUCCGUACGAUUCCCGGUUCUACCGUGUUUUACCCAAGCGAUGCCGUUUCAGCAGAGCGUGCUAUCGAAUUAGCAGCUAAUACCAAAGGCAUUUGUUUCGUAAGAACCUCUCGUCCUGCUACAGCAGUUCUGUACAAGAACGAUGAGGUCUUUGCCGUUGGCAAGGGUAAGGUGGUUAAGUCUUCCCCCAAAGAUCAAGUUCUCGUGAUUGGAGCUGGAGUAACCUUGUACGAGGCACUCAAAGCUGCCGAAGAAUUGUCUAAAGUAGGAGUACACGUACGAGUGAUCGAUCCAUUUACUAUUAAGCCACUUGAUUCUCAACUAAUUAUAAAGAACGCUAAAGAAGUUGGAGGACGAGUGAUUACCGUUGAAGAUCAUUAUCCAGAAGGUGGCCUGGGAGAAGCAGUUCUUUCAGCAGUGGCUUUAGAAAAAAAUAUUGUAGUUAAGAAGUUAGCUGUACCGGAAGUACCACGCUCUGGUCCCCCGACUGCAUUAUUGGAUAAAUAUGGAAUCAGCGCACAGAAAGUUGUUGUUGCUGUUCAGGAAGUUUUAAAGUUGUAAAUUUACCAGAUACAUAAAAUUACGGGUAUCGUAAUAAUGAGAACCGACUUAUACGCAGAACGUACUGCCAUAUCAGAAUAUACACAGAAUACAAUUAUUUUUAUGAUACAAAUUCAAGAAAAAACUUAUUCAUUCCAGGUUGUUUUUAUACAUUCAAUGUGUGCAUAAAUAUAAAAAAUUUGGUUCGCAUUUAUAUGUCUACAUAGAUAGAAAGGUGUAAUGAAAACAUAUAUUUAUACAUAUAUGUUUUAAAGAGAGAACGAAGUUUUGUACACGAAGAUCUAAUUUUGUAUGAAUAUUUGAUGCGCGUACUAUUUGUAGAUACGAAAUGUUUUUGAAACUACCGUGUUAAGGAGAAAUAGAUACAUUUGGAAAAAUAA